AUGGGCUCCGCACAGUCUGUGCCCCCCGAGAUGCGGGCGCUGGCGGAACGAACCGGCUGUGAUCACCUCGGAGAGCAGAUCGAGAAGCUCCACCGGCGCUUCAAGCAGCUGAGCCACAACAGGAAAACCAUCCGCAAAGAGGACUUCGACACCAUCCCCGACCUCGAGUUCAACCCCAUCAGGGCCCGAAUUGUUCACGCCUUCUUCGACAAGCGGAACCUGCGGAAGGCGCCGGCCGGGCUGGCAGAGGAGAUCAACUUCGAGGACUUCCUGACCAUCAUGUCCUACUUCAGACCCAUCGAGAUGGACAUGGACGAGGAGCGGCUGGAGAACUUCCGCAAGGAGAAGCUCAAAUUCCUCUUCCAUAUGUACGACGCCGACUACGACGGGAUCAUCACGCUGCAGGAGUACAAAAACGUGCUGGAUGAGCUGAUGUCUGGGAACCCCCACCUGGAGAAGGAGUCGCUGCGUGCCAUUGCAGAAGGGGCCAUGCUGGAGGCUGCCAGCGUGUGCAUGGCCCGCACGGGCCCGGAUGAGGUGUAUGAAGGCAUCACCUUCGAGGAUUUCCUGAAGAUGUGGAAGGGGAUCGACAUCGAGACCAAAAUGCACGUCCGCUUCCUCACCAUGGAGGCCAUCGCUCACUGCUACUGACCGGGGGCAGGACGGAGCCUUCCCAGCGCCACAGCGCCGGCACAAGGCCACGUUCUGCUCUUUAGAGCCAUUAAGAGAAGGAGACGGAGAAAGAACAAAGCUGCCCCGAGAUAAGGAGAGUCAGCGUCCUAAUGAGACAAGGACAUUGAGAGUGAGACGAGGCAGGGGUGACAGCUCUGAGGUGAGCAGAACAAUGUAAGACAGCAGCUCUGUGCUCAGCGACACAAGAUCUUACUGCGCCCCAACAGCUGUGGCCUGUCAGACAGCUUGUAUCCACCUUCAGCACGGAUGCUUCUCUGCAACAUCAGUGCAGCCACCAAUGCACUGCAGGCAGCUGGUCCCUCUGCUUCACUAAAGCAAUGCAAGGCAAGGACAGUCAGCAGCCCAAGUCCCUGCCAGCUGAGGACAGCUCUGGUGCUGGUAGGGUAAGACCCAGCACAGAGAGUGUUAGCCUCAUGGAUAACGUGAGAUGUGAUGGGCUGCUGUUUCAGUGUACGGGGAUUCAUUAACCCCAACAGACUUGGGAACAAAGGCCACAAGCCACACAUGUACACAUACAGAGUCAGAAAACAUUUAAUCUACAAUUGUAGAGAAUUAAAAAAAUAAUUCAUUUUAAAA